GCAGAUAUAUUUUGGCAUGCCCCGAACGGUCACACUGCGCGUCGCACACUUUUAAUUGUUUCGCUUCGCCUUUCGUUGUUUGUCGUAUUCUCCGAAUUAAUCAAAAUGCCAGCGGUUGUGCGAAUCAAGCGACGCAUCGACGAGGAGCCUCAGACGGCAUUUGUGCUAAACGGCAAGCGGCGGCGCCUCCACAACGAUGAGAACGCCCUGGAGGACGCGGGAGCGGUGGCGGGAGCGGUGGCGGGAGCGGUGGCAUCAGACAAAGACGAACUGACCACCGUGCUCAAGUUUGCCGGCACGCUGGAAAAGCAGGACGACUGUGCCACUCGUAAAUUCGCCGCUGCCAGGCUCAACAAGGCCGCAGCCCGUGAUCUGGUGCAACAGCAGCGCUCCAAUGAUGCAGCCAUUGCUAGUGCGCUGCGCAGAGAUCGCCAGCGGCAGGAGGCUCAGGAGAACUCAAGGGAGCAGCGUUUCCGGGUCGUAAACUGCCUGCGCAGCACGCUCGAAAACAGUGCCGCAGAAGCGGAAUGCCCGGAGAGCCAGAGUCAUGAGUCCAGCAGCCACAUAACCAUCGUGGACAUUGAAUCGCAACAGCAACAGCACAUGGGCACUGCAAGUGCAGCAGCUGAGGAGCAGCAGCAGCAGGAGAUAGCACCCAGCCAGGAUCAGCAGCAGCCGGCCGAUUCGGACGUGGGCUAUGUCUACGAUCUAUAUGUUCCCGAGAACGAGAUGCAGGCGGCAUAUGUGGACAUGAUGGACGACAACUACUUAAGGUUUGUCAUUCAAGUUGAGCCACAGAAAACGUUGAGCAUUACCAAUUACUAUAUGUAAUCGAUCACCACUACACUUAUGUACUAUAUGGAAUAUAUAUAUCUAAGCGGUGUGUCUGUGUGUCGGUGCUAUGGGCGUAUCUGUGUGGGUGUGGGUGUGCGUGUGUCUGUGUUCGUUGUCCUCGGGCGCAGUCUCAUACUUGCAUAUUAUCCUUAUCAUCUAGACACGAUUGCAAUCACUACAGCUCAAUAAUACGAUUCGUUCGUUCUCCAUAAGGUUGUAUUAUCCGUUUAAUUACUACAACAACUGCUACUGGUAAACAAGAAAUAAACUAAAUGGAGAGAGACAGACAAAGUCGCAGGCACUUAGGAAGUGUGAGGACAGGAGACACCCAAUGCCCCACCCACGACAAUAAAAAAAAGGACUGCAACUGGCAACUCACAUCACUUACAGUUCAUUGCAGUCAGCACAUUUGACAAAUGCCCAAAACUAACGAUAAAACAUUGUUUUUAUGAGUAAACACGGCAUGAUCUGAAAACGAAUGAUUCUGGAAGCUAUUUAUUUGAUUUGUUACUGUGAGAUUUCGUUCAAUUCUAACACAACUAUGUUAUGCCAUAUUCCAUUUAAAAAAUAUGUUAGAUCUAAACUUCUUAGUUUAAAUAAUGUAUCAUAGUUAUGUAAAGUUCCCAUAAAGUUCCCUCUUGCCAAAGUUUUUAAUAAAAAUAAGAUGUAUCCUGCUAAAAACGCACAAUUAGUGUACUAUUUGGAAUCGUUUUAGGCAAAUGUCUCUCAUUACCUUAUGUUCAUAGAAUUAAUUAGCUAUUAGAUUAGAAUAAUUUACCCCCACACACGAACACACACACACCGCAUUUUUUUGAAAAACAGCUCACCGAGCAUUUUUCGUUUAGUUUCCGCCAGUUGUCAGUUGCCUUUUUGGUUCUUUUUCCAUUCCGACAAUAAACAAAAAAAAACGGAUAACACUAGUGCUGAAGUCUAAUUAAGUGCAUAGUCUUAGUUUGUUUUGCUUUAUAUCUGUUGGGGCCUAGCGUUGCCCGAAAUCGAAUAUAAACUAAAUAAAGAAACUCUCAAAAUACGUGAC